UCAUAAUAGACGCUCAUCUUUUAUGGUGAAGAGUCUUGAGUGGCAUUAUAGUACAGCCCACUCGGAAACCUCUAGCUGGUGGUCAAAAAAUAUUCCAAUCAAAAUAUUCAGUUCUAGUUGGUUUACCAAAACGCGAGUGAAACUCAUAGUUUUAGAGGAUAAUAUUACGCCUGUUCUCUAGUAAAACGCUUAUGCUGGAGACAGUGUAUGACCUUCGCUAGGCGGACAGCCACGCCGUUGUGUCUGUUUGGCGAGGGUGGUGUUGAAGUAUGGACGAUCAGCAAACAAUGAUGCACCCCGUUUCACAGCAUCCCACGGUUACUAUGGAAGGUCAUGUAAUAUCCCAACACACUUACGGCAUGGAUCCUACAAACCAACCACAUGCACUGGAUCAAGAAGUUCGUAAACACGAUAUAUCAGAAAUACUUCAACAGAUCAUGAACAUCACAGACCAAAGUCUCGACGAAGCUCAAGCGAGAAAACAUACGCUGAACUGCCAUCGUAUGAAACCUGCUCUCUUCGGUGUUCUUUGUGAAAUCAAAGAAAAAACAG